UCACUGCUUGAAAAUGGUGACCUCUUUUUCAUUACAACAAACAUAGUUAUCCUAACUCUUCUAUGAUGGCAAGGUAGAAAAUGAGCACCAGUGCAAAGCUCACGGAAGAACAGCGUCGAAAAAUCGAGGAAAAUCGUCGCAAAGCUUUGGAAAAGAGGGCCGCGCGCCUUCAAAACCAACAAGGAAACUCAUCAAAUUCGGCCACAGCUAAAAAUAUUCCAGGAUCUCAAAAACAAGUGAGAUCCUUUCCUCACAAGCCUGUUUCGCAAACUAUUAGUCCAGAAGGUGCAAGGCCAUGCCAAAGGUCAGGUAUUCAGGAAAAUGGGCCAAGUGAUAAAAACAUGAAAGAAUUUCUUUCUAAAUUCUCAAGACCAGGCUCCUCUGCCAAUACAUACAAGAAUAAAGAGUUAUCAAGAAGUGAUAAGAUAUUUUCGUCUACCAAUGAUAAAAAUCAGCAAAACAUCUCCUUGAAAAAUCACCAGCGCGAGCCAUCAUCAAGUAGUGAUCCCCCUGUCUAUGGAGGGUUCAAGACUGAGCCAUCAAGGGGUGGCCCUACUAAGAAUGUAAAAGGAACUUGUGUUCUUUUAAGCCAAACAAGAUUUGCAGUAAAGGUCAAAUUUCAUGGUCCAUUGAUUGGCAUUUUUAAGACAAUACCAAGUCGUAGUUAUGAUCAGGAAACUACGACAUGGAGCUUUGCAUUAGAAGAUUAUAAGAAAUUAAUUUCUGCUGCCCAAGCUCUUCAACCAAUUGUAUACUUAGAAGGCCUUCCAAAAACCGUUCUGUCAUUAUUYACCAAAAAACCACUGGGAACCCUUAARGAGUUAUCUUCUCAAGAUAUUAAUCUUAACUCCAUAGACACMAAACUUGUAUCUUCUUUAAUGCCAUUUCAAAAACAUGGUGUUUGUUUUUGUAUUCGUCAUGAUGGUAGAGUCUUGAUAGCUGACGAUAUGGGUCUAGGGAAGACAAUCCAAGCUAUAUGUGUUGCAAGCUAUUAUCGUAAAGAGUGGCCUGUGCUAGUAGUUUGUCCAUCAUCCAUGAGACUUUCAUGGCAGCAGGCGUUUAUUCGAUGGGUGCCAUCAGUAGAUCCUCAAUACAUCAAUGUAGUGUUCACAGGCAAAGACAACCCYACAGCUGGACUUGUUAACAUUAUUAGCUAUGAUUUAUUAACAAAGUUUUCUGAUCAGCUCAAGUCAAAGAAAAUAAGGGUCAUUAUUGCUGAUGAAAGUCACACUAUCAAAAACUAUAAAGCAGCCAGGACAAAAGUGGCUUUACCACUUCUGAAGACUGCAACGAGAGUCAUUCUUUUAUCUGGUACACCAGCAUUGUCAAGACCCAUGGAACUAUACACCCAGAUAWCKGCUGUUAAACCCAAAUUAUUCCCAUCAUUCCAUGAGUUUGGUGUAAGAUAUUGUGGUGCGAUUGAGAAUCGUUGGGGAUGGGAUUACUCRGGUUCAUCCAACAUGGAGGAGCUUCAGCUCAUUCUUGAGGAAAGUAUCAUGAUCAGACGAAUGAAAAAAGAAGUGCUGAAUGAACUGCCUUCAAAGCGACGCCAAAUGGUUCUACUCGAUCCAUCUCUUAUAAAAACUAAACCUCUUGAAAGAGCUGCUAAACAAGUGGCUAAUGCAAAGCAAAAAGAUCAACACGGAGCUCUACUGAACUAUUUCUAUGAAUCCUGUUCCUCCAAGAUUGCUGCCGUGAAAGAAUACAUUCUGGAUCUGCUGGAAGGGGGUCACAAAUUCUUAGUUUUUGCACAUCAUAAAGCUAUGCUUGACGCAGUCACUGAUUGUAUUACAACAAAGAAAUACAAAUCAAUACGAAUCGAUGGUCAAACGCCUUCGUCAAAACGUCAAAUGCUAUGCGAUCGCUUUCAAAGUCAAGACGACGUGGUGGUUGCCGUCCUGUCUAUCACGGCGGCCAAUACAGGUCUGACGCUUACCAAAGGCACUGCUGUUGUGUUUGCAGAGUUAUUUUGGAAUCCUGGCGCGUUGGUCCAGGCAGAAGAUCGCGURUACAGAAUUGGACAAAAAAACUCGGUGAACAUACAUUAUCUUGYUGCCAAAGGGACCGCUGAUGAUUAUCUAUGGCCACUUAUACAGGGUAAACUUGAGGUCCUGAACAAGGCUGGGCUUAGUGGAGAUGAUUUUUCCGAAGCUGACACGACGACAUUCGMGGAUCCUAAACAGAAAACACUGUUCUCGUGUUUCGAAUCUUUGAUCGAGGAAAACGACGAAACGAACACGAGUCUGCUACUCGAAUCGGAGGAUAUGGAGCCUUCCUCGCAUGUUUCUGACGUUACUGUAGCAACUGAUACCAAAUCACGUGACUGUGAUGUUGCCACGGUGACUGAUGGUGUGGAUUGGUUUGAUGGAAUGGAUAACGAUGAUAGUUUAUUGGCGAGCUGUGUGAAUGAUGCUUCAAGCAGARUMGGGAAAAUAAAAUCCAUAAACAGUAAGGAAAACGAACCAUUGGCUAAAAGAUCAAAACGACACUAGCAGUAUUAUAUGUGAAGCAAUGGAUUUAUUAAUUGAUAUAUUAAAUGAAUUACGAUAUCUUAUACUUGGUUUUCAGUGAUUUUGGGGAUUUUGACAAUCGCGUAGCRCCUUGGUAAAAGAGUUACAAUUACAAAAGUAUCAAACUGUCUGGUUCCACGGUCUAGUAUAGUURUUAUUAUAUGCGUUAUUAGUAAGCUAAAACUGCACAGUUCUAAUCUGUUUCUAAUUGAUUGAAAUGUAAUUUUCUUUGCGAUCGUUUGCUUUGUUUUACAAUUUGUUGAAAGUUGCUUUCUGAUUGGUCGAAA